AUGUACUCAAUGUCGAGCUUGGUCGGGAUAGCAUCCCUCCACAUCUCUUCAUCGAGGCCGCUGCUGUCAUUCCCUAACCAAGAUGACUUUAUUCGCAUCCACGAAGAGGGAACGAUAAUAGAGAUGGAGAACGAAAUAAAGUUACUCCAAAACUUUAACCAGAAAGAACAGCAAUUCGGCUGCUGGGUUGUUGCGCCUCUGCCCGGCACCAAGACCGUGCGUACAAGGUCAUGGCUACUACUUGUGGAGUCCCCAUUGCCACCCAACGAUGCCCUCUUCCCUGUGGUAGGCGACUGCUUCCAGGUCAGCAUGGUUGAAAAGGUGAAACGUGAUGGCAAGGUCUUUGGCUUGUGUGGCAUGAAGUCAACAAGGAUUGUCAACCCUUACGAAGAUUCGCCGACUAUCGACAAGCGUAUGCGCAAUGCGGCCGCGUUCAAGGUCGACGCCCCACGGAGCUGGGAGGACGCCGAUGGCCAGGUUACGGAGUGGGAGAAAAUGAGUUGUUUCGCUAUAACCGACUCUCUGGACGACGUUACCUGGACUGAGUCCUCAGACUUAUCAGAGUCCAAGAAACAAAGCCUCACCAUUCUAUGGGACCUCGAGUCCCCAACAUUCGAGGCCGAGCUGGCUGCGCUUCGCUAUCUAACCAAGAAGAAGGGAGAGGACAAGGAGACAGGCCCAACCACACAAUCACUCAAUACAUUCAAGAUGAUCCUCGAUUUUCAAGGAGCUACAGUUACGAGGACAAAUCUCAUGCGUGCAUAUCCGCAGCUUGAAAGUCCACAUGACCCGGAGUGGAAAAUCCCAGCGAAGCUUCUUCAAAAGUUCGACAGCUUUAACCUUGACCAUCAAAAGGCUUACUCUGGGCUAAAGAGUAUCAAGAACCAUCUCUUCUUGGUCAAUGGGUGUCCAGGCUCGGGAAAGACCGAAUGGAACAUGAUCGUCGCCGCGAUGAUCCAAGCUACUCGGCGCAGUGCCAGCUGCCGGCCAGUACCACGCAUACUGUACAUCGUGGACAUCAACAAAACCGUCGAUGAUGCAGCAGCCCGAUAUCACCGACUGUGCCAGGAGGUUGGCGUCAGCUCACUUGCGGUGCGCAUGCAUGGGUGGCCAUCCGAGAUGAACAGCAGCACCCGACUGAACGUCGACAAAGACAGCAAGAAGGACAGUGACAAGGACAGGGGCUUCGGUGCUUUCACCGAGAGAUUCCUCGCAACGGCGGGCCUGUCGCGCACCGGAAAGCGAAAUUCGAAUGCAGUGCCAACGCUGGACGAGGCGGCGUGGGAAUACUUUGACAACCAUUCGACUGAUUCAGAAUGGAAAAACCUUGGGAGCUUUUUGACGAGGAUUCAAAAGUCCCUGCGCGAUUGUAUCUCGAAUCUGUACAGAGUCGUCCUAGGGCUGACGGACAUUGUGUUUACCACACCUGUUCCGGCCGCUGGGCGUUUCGCCGAUGUGUUCCGGCCCGAAGUCAUCUUUGUUGACGAAGCUCCUCACGCGAGGGAGUUGACUACACUGAUCACCAUAGCUUUCUACUCUCCGAGGGUGUGGAUCUUCACAGGAGACGUCAAGCAGACCCUUCCGUUCGUCAAGGGCGGUGACAGGCGCGACGCGGCGCGCGAUGGUCUGACAUUCAACCGAUUUGCAGAGCAGCUCAAGAGUCUCCCCCAGGUGUCGACGAUGGCCCGCGCUGAGCAAGUCGAUGCUCUAGAUGCUCGGCUGCUGGUCAACAAGCGAGCGUACGGCAACCUCCACCUCCUACCAUCGAAGCUGUUUUACGGAGAACAGAUGAUAUCAGACCACGCACCCGAAGACAUGUACCCCUCGUCGGUAUGGAACUUGAAGGAAUUCCUGCAAGACUUGAACAACAAUGAGACGACACAAGAUGUCAGCCAGAAUCGCAUCAUUGCCCGGCUCAAAAUGUCACAACAACGCACACAGAGAUCAAGCUUCUGGAACCCAGAACACCAAAGAUGGGUCAUUGAGCAGGUUGAGAAGCUCAUGGAUCUCCCGGGCCUCACAUCCAUGGACGAUCCGGAUCGUCCCGUUUCUAUCAUCAUCAUGACGCCGUACUCCGCUGCGGUACGCAAGUACGAUUCGAUCGUCAAAAAAUGGCCGUUUGAAUGGCAGAAUCGUGUCCAGGUCUUGACGGUAGACAAGGCCCAGGGGAGGCAGGCAGACAUCGUGGUCCUGGACAUGGUCAGGACGGACAGGCCUGGAUUCAUGACGAGCGAGCACCGUCUUAACGUUGCCAUCACGCGCGCUCGACAGGCGGAGAUCAUCGUCAUGCAUCCAGCCAUGGCCAUGGGCCGCCGGACCGCAUUGACGAGGCUUUGGGAUUAUUUUCCGACUUGGUUCAUGAUGUGGAUGGCUUUGAUAAUUAAUGGCAUGGAACACAUUUGCACUGAUUCCGCGGUCUUCGCUUCAUUGCUGUCUUACCUACUGCGGAGUAAUUGGUAUACCCAUGCUUGUAUUCUCAUGACUGAUUUAGUCAUUGCAGAGCCGCAACUUACGACCAACAGCAAAUUGACGAACCCAAUCACGACCUACUCUCAGAAGCUCGUCCAUCAGACCACGACCGACCUCAAAGACUGGGGGGACGUCGUGGUUGACGCGACGCACGGCGAGGACUGCUACGAUCGCCCAGGCAUACCGGUCAUCACCGAGCUUCCCACCGGUGACUACAUCUACACGUACGAAUUCGGUGGCGAGAACUCACGGGAGCAGUACUGGUUCCUCGUCUACUACCGCAUCUAUCCCGAGGUCAGCCUGAGCGUCGUCCGGCUCUCCGAGAUUAUGCAGCCUUCCAGUGCAAAGGAACGCCGUGGGCAACUAUAUUAUCGCCGUUCAUCCAUCCUGCAGCAUUGA